UCCCAGUGUGCUGUUGCCUUCCAGACCAACAAGGAGAUCAGUUUUGUCAGUGAGACUAAAAGCUUUGCUAAGAAAGCAAGGUCUUGCCGUUAGUAUUUUUUAUAAAAAAUACGAAUAUGGUCUGUGGGGGAUUUACCUGCUCUAAAAAUGCCCUCUGUUCCUUAAAUGUGGUUUACAUUCUGGUAGGUCUGCUCCUGAUAGGGGUGGCAGCAUGGGGGAAGGAGUUUGGCAUUGUGUCUAGCAUCCACAUAAUCGGUGGGGUCAUAGCCGUGGGCUUCUUCCUGCUUCUCAUAGCCAUCGUGGGACUCAUCGGAGCCAUCCACCACCACCAAGUCAUGCUCUUUUUCUACAUGAUCAUUCUUUUCCUGGUAUUCCUCGUCCAGUUCGGGGUGUCUUGCUCCUGCUUGGCCAUGAACCAAGGGCAGCAGGAGAAGCUGCUGAACUCUACCUGGAGUCUGAUGAGCAACAACACCAAGGGAGAGUUGGAGAGGCAGUUGGACUGCUGUGGCCUGUUCAACACCACCCUCGGCCAGCCGCAGUUCACCAAGGACAUGUUCAGCUGCACUGCUGCGUGUAAAGGCAGGGACAACUGCUACACCUGCGGGGAUAAGAUGCUCCAGCACGCCACGGAGGCUCUGAAGAUCCUGGGAGGGGUUGGGCUGUUCUUCAGCUUCACUGAGAUUCUUGGGGUGUGGCUGGCCGUGCGCUACAGGAACCAGAAAGACCCCAGAGCCAAUCCAAGUGCUUUCCUAUAGUGUGGAUAACUCGGCACUGUACAGGCACAACGGGAGGACACACUGGUAACACCAUGUAGAAUCAUCUAGAAACACUCAGGCGUUCAAACUGGACCGCAGUCAUCCACACGUUGUGUGUCCCAAAUGACCCCCUAUUCCCUGUUUUGUGUCCUGGGGCUGAAGGUUGUGCACUAUAUUGGGCAGGUAUGUCAAACUUGCUUUGCAACUUGUGCCGCGUUCUUUUCACGUUGCCGUGGAAUGUAUUUUGACACCCCCCCCCCCCUCCCCCCCAAAAAAUAGUGCCCCACCGAGUGAUUAUCAUUUCUACACUGUUUAAAUCGGGUUUUAGUCUUUGCUGUUUGUUUUUACUCGAAGCGCCCCAGGACAGUUUUCUGGGCUUUGGUCGGACACCCCUGGUGUAGGGAAUAGAGGGCCGUUUCGGGGACAUCUGUAGACAUGCAAGUGAGCACAAUCUGACUCACUCAGAUACACAGUACACAUCUUCCUUGAAGACGCACACCGGAUUUUGGGGAUGAUAUUCUACCAAGUCAUCCAAUUAUGUACUACACCAUCCAUUUAAUACAGGUCACGACCCAGAAAAAUAGACAUAAUAGUAAGUCAUUUGUAACCUCUUACAAAUUUGGUGUGCUUAACAUCCUGGAAUGCGUCUUACGUUGGCACUGUAUUAAAACGCAUCAUCUACCACAUUAACCUCAGUUUGUGCAAGCCCCUCUAUAUAUCCUAGUGUAGGUUUGGCUGGAGUUCAAUAUAAUCAAUUCUUGUUCUCAUGUAUGAUAGGAUGAUUGGCUACCUGCACUGGAGUAAUGGCCAGCCUGGAUUUGAGAACCAGAUCUUGAUGACUUAACUAUUCCAACCCAGAGCCAAGUAUAUAUUCGCUCUCUAUCUCUCUCUCUCUCUCUCUCUCUCUCUGUAUAUAUGUGUGUGUGUAUAUAUAUAUGGCUCUGUUCCAACCAUGUAAAGGAAGACAUUCUACUGCAUGUGUCCUGCUACACAGAUAUGCCUACAUGACCGUGUCUCCCAUCCCUGCUGAUAACCCUUUCUGUGCAGCGUCUCAUAAAAUGAACAUUUCUGAAGUGAAUUCACCUGACUCUCCAGCUUUUCCUCCAACCUCUAUGUAGUUUUAAUUAGAAGGAAUCUGGCCCUCCAGAUCAGCGCUAGCAGUGAUGUGUGGGACUACAGUAUGAGGACGCACCCACUGCUGUCUAAUGCAUUAUUCAGGUGGUUUCUCUCUCUUAACUUGGAAGUGGGAUGCUGUGCUUGCUGUUGUUUGAUGUCAGAGCUCAGAUCGCAGUGGAUGUGAGAAAGGAAUGGGUGUAGAUUGGCUGUGUUGUGUGAUGUCGUUUUGAAAUGUAUGUUUAUCUGAGGUACUCCAAUUUCUGUGUUUAUCGGUGGUAUUCAAAAACUGCAGUGAGGUCUGCAAAUCUAUAAAAAAAUAAAAAAAAGGACAUCUUAUUUUUUGGGAACAAACAAAAAUCAUUGGCAGCGUGUUUUUGACAACAGUCUUUUGAAAAAUAACAUUUAGUACCUUUCUUAGUUUUAUUUCAAGAAGUGAAAACAGGGAAUUGAAAGUUAUUAGUCAAUAAAAAAAUAGAGCACAUUUUGGAGAUUUUUCAUUCGAUGUGGAAUGGCAGUGCAAGAAAUAGGCCAUCCCCCUAGUGACAAAUAGGCCACACACCCCUAGUAACAUUCUGGUGGAAACAUUUCAAUACCACUGCUGGGAUUAUAUUUACGAAGUUUGAUUUGAGAUAUUAACCUAGUAGGAAUAUUUAUGAAUUGAGCAAACUGACUUUACCUUCUCAUAAGUAGCUAGAUUGCCAAUGGACUGCAGCUCUGAUUGUCAUACAUGUAUAUCCUUGUUUUAAAGUUUUCAGUAUCAUAAAGGACGGUUUUAAUUAUUUUGGUGUUCCACACUGUGUUUAAGAUUAUCAUUUGUUUUAAAAAUAAUAGUAGUAAGUGUAACGUUUUAGUGACCUACAAGUAGUAAAGUACACAAAGACCUUUCUUGCUACUUUAAAGGUCUAUUCAGUUUUUUUCUAAUUCACUAUUGGAAGUUGAACAUUUAAAACAAUAGCGAUAGUUUACCUCUCUGAAAAUAGUUAAUUGGUUUAGGACAAAGUAAAAUUUAAAAAAAGUAGUUGUAGUUAGAUAUUUUCACUAUUUGUAUACUUAAAAAUAUUUGAAAUUGUCAAUACAAUGUCACCGCACCUUUACCUGGAAGGAAAAUUAUCUGUUAUCACAAAUUAGGAAUGUUAUCUGAAAAUCAGAAGUUGUGCCUAAUUUCCUGAAAUCUAUUGUGCAACCCUGCUGUAUGUGUUAAACAUUUUCUUUCAAGCCUAAUGCUCAGUUAUUUGGUGCAUUUAUUGUUGUUUUGCUAUUUUCUGUUUUUGUCAUGUGAUUUUGUUCAACAGUGUUAAACUAAUUUAAGUAAUGUUUUGUGUUUCUUUGUGAUUUAUUUAAGUGCCAACAAUGCACAGCAGUCAAUUUUGUUUUUCAGGUUUUGUUCUGGUAUAGAUUGGAUUUGUUAUUUAGUAAAACAUCACUGAUAAUUCUGUCUCAGAGGUAUGGAGAGGUGUCAUGUGGUCUCCAUUGAUUUCGCUCAGCCUUUAGGACUAAUAUGAAUUGAAAUGUCAGUGCUUGUAUUACUUGAACCAGUUACGGUAAGUGAAUAUUGUUUUGAUGGUGGAUAUGGUGCUUCAGUUGAGCCACUGCAAGUUGUAAUGCAUAUAUAUAUUGUCUGUACACAUCAUAUUAACUCUGUACCUGAUAGACCAUGUAUUCUACUUAAAAUCCUGUGUGCACAUGUUA